GCCUACGUACUCUCGUCUAUCUCCGGAUGCAUCACGGGCCCAUGGCGCCCCCACGACAGCCAAGGGUAUCGUCUCUCGAGCCGAGUCCCCGGCGUCUCAUCUCGUUUCCUCCUGUCUUUCCAGUAUCUCGUCCUCCAUCGAUGCACCCGCCUGACUUCUCGUCACAUCGGCCUCAAAGCGCGGACAUGGACGUGCUUCGUGUGUCUAUCCACGUCGCCGAUGACUCCUUUUUUUCGCCUGCUCACUCGCAGCGUCGAUCAAUGUCGGAGAGAUGACACCGUUACAUUUACAGCGUCGGGACUAUCGGCAUUGAGGGUUCUCUCCGUUCCUCGCCUGGCACAGAAACCAAGCACCGAGUCGUUGCGGACCACUUCGUUGCAUGUGCCCAGAGACUGGCGACGCGGAAGCCAGGCCUUGUCCUCGACAAAUCAUCGUGGUGCGGGUGACCGUGAAGCUGGCUACGGCGGGCAGAUACCUCCCCUGUCAGACCGGUCAGUCGUCCAGUCGUCUAGUCGUCCAGAUCGAGAAGUGAUGCACUCACUGGUUGGACUGGCCUCAGCUUUCAAUCCCGUCUGUAGUCCUCCAUACCCCACCACCCAACGCGAAGAGUCUUGGUUCUUACAAAAGAGCCUCUGCACCGCCUUGGAUGCUGACAGAGCCGUAUCCUGUGGCUGCGGGUCGUUCAUCUCCUACCGGCCCGACCUGCGACGCAUACUCAGGCAGGCCGGGCUGGUGCUUACUCUGCGCACGAGUGGCUCUCCCUGGCGGUGACACUAUAUUCAGCCCUACACGUACAACCUACCCCCUCGCUGACGAACCUUUUUUUAUUCGCCCAUUGGUAUCGCACUUCAUCCUUUCCUGUCUCCCUUCCAGUGCUUCUGCCCACGAUGCCGCGCCAAACCCAUGUAACCGAGACCCAUCACCCUGGUUUCUGUUCCCAUCCUCUUUGUCCAGCGGCUGGCAGUCCAAGCCACGCUCUUGGCCUUGUACGGCCAGAAACGAGAAAUGAAGCCAGAAACAUCCAUGGAUGACAGCCUAUUACAGAGUCGCUGGUCAACUGCUCUCACUCACGUUCAUGUCCAUGUACACACAUUACCCAGAUCACCCCCAUGGCACCCUGGCCCAUGGCAUCCCUGUACAUGACCCCCUUGCACACCCUCACACUCCCAUCCCACCAUCUCGUCGCCCGAAAGUCUGGUCCGUCGUAUUAUAUCGUUGGCAUGCAGACUGUUGACAAUGACAAAUCCAUGCAGAGAACUCGUCCUCGUAAGGCGACGAACGUCCCAUGUCACACACAUACGCACACACACACUCUUUCUCUCCUUCUUUUGGCGAGGAAGGCUAAAGCUUGUUCUUCCUGCUUUCGGUCCCCCUGGCGUCUAGAUCAUGUCAUCACCCUUCACAUCCCAAAUUUGGAAGAUUGGAAAAAGGCUGCCUAGAGUACGUGGGGGCCAUGCUGGAACCAGCAUCGCAGGUCUCAUUUUCCAUAAGCCAUGCUGUUGCAAUACCCCAUACCGGCACAUCCGCGCCUCGCACCUCGCACUGAGCCUGAGAUACCCAGAUUGGGUCACUGCGGCUGUUCUGUCUGCGAGGCAGGGUUGGCUCUUACUACGUACCUACAUGAUAGGAUGAACCUCGUGGCCCAAAGUCGAGCGAAAUACACGAUGCUUAACGCCUAUAUAAACACUUGGUAUAUCCCCUUCCAAGGUAGUAUUGUUUUUCAUCAUCACACUCACAACUCAAACACACAGCUCUCACAUCACACCUUUCUCUACUUACACUCCAACAACAACUUCAGUACUCUAUCACACACUACCCACACAGAAAAACUAUUAACCCUCCAUUCAUACCACCCCAAAAAUGGCUGCCUUCACUCUCAUUUUUACCCCCGCCACCGCCGUCUACGGACGCUCCGGCUACAACAAGGACGGCGACGACGAGGAGAACGACAGUGGCCGCUCCGGAUACAACAAGGACGGUGAUGACGAGGACGACAAGGCCCAGCAGAACAAGGGCCGCUCCGGCUACAACAAGGACGGCGACGACGAGGAAGACAAAUAAAGCAGUCGCCUCGCCCUCGCCCGGCCCUCGUGUGUAUGGGUCGUCCUUCCUUCUGUCGUGGUUGUGGAUGGCCCAACUCCAGCGGCGGGGUUUCACGCCUUUCGUUGCCGCCCAAAGACCUUCGUCGUCUUCACAAACAUCCAACCAGCGGAGGAGCAGGUAGUGGCCGGCAUCUUGACUCCCAAGCCCGCAUCGCAACAUGCACUGCCUCCAUUUUCGAUCGCCAGCAUUAGACCGGAGUUUUUUUGCAUUUCCGUUUCACCACCAACGCAACCCCUUUGGGGGAAGACGCGGGCAGCCAAGGAUACAACAGCACUGUUGGCGCCUUCACUUUCCCCCGCCCUUUUUUCCUUUACCCCUUCAUGCAUUUGGGUCGGAGUUCAGGAUACGCAUGGCAGUAGUACAGCGGUGGAUCACUCUCUUAUAUCGCGAGUUGGAAGUUGCAUAGAGCAUACCUGAGCGUCGAGUAGAAUGGUAUUUUUUUUCUUCUUCUCUGCGGCUUUUUUUUGGCUUGGUAUCAUCGCGCAUCUGUCUUCCCCCACCCCCUUCUCUCUCUCUCUUUCUCUUUUUAAACCUUCCCUCCGACAAAAUUAUAUUUAUCGAGGACUUCACCGUCCGCGACUCGAUAGUUGUCAAAAACUCG